UUCAUUCUAUAAUCGUAUUUAACAUUUAGUAUUUGCAUGGUUCAGUAUUUGUAUUUAAAAAUACACAAAAAAAGGAUUUGCUUAGUAUUUAAAAAGCUCAGUUCGUUCUUAGUAGUAACCAAUAGUUUUCAUUAUGACCUGCAGUUUAAGAAAAAAAGUUCACCAAAUAUUUAUUCCCAGAUCUUCUAGAUGCUCAGUAUUAGAAUACUUCAGAUUUAAUGCCACUGUUGUAAUUAAUUUAUUUUGCAACAUGUGUUUUUCUAUUGAACGAAAAUUUUACACAGUUAAUUUUUAAACUUUACACAGGCUUGUACGUACAGAAAAGUACUUUCUUGUUACAUUUGUUGGAUAUGUUUGUCUUUUAUUAGAAAAAUAUAUUUUGAGGGAAAUAAAGGAUUCGAUUUGAGAUUAAUAACAGGGGCGAGGAUGAUGCUUUCAUAUUGCGGUCAUUAUUCUUUUUUUUUUUUAUAAGAAAGAUGGUUACUUAGCCAGAUGUGGAUUUGUCUUUCCCAUAUUGACUAUGACACAUGUCUUUAUACAUGAUUAAAAUGAUAUAGGCUUGAAUUUUUGUUGACAUUUUCAGGUAAUUUAAAGAAAUAUUCUUCAAACCAUUUACAUAUUGAAAUUAUGUUUCUAGUGACGGUAGUGCUUGGUAUAGUAACAACAAUUUGUACGCAACCUGUUGAAACCUUCAGGUCGGCUUACAAAGAAGAAUUCCCAUUCAUGGGUUAUAUGAAUCGAAGUAAUAUACAAACGUGCGCAUUGGUGAUAAUAUCGACAAGAAAAUUUGUGACGGCAGCUCACUGCUUAAUGUCGUGGGAUUGGGAUAACAUACAAGUAUUCCUCGAUUUGAGCCGUGUGGAGGCGUGUGCCGGAUCUCGUAAACUCAGAAGUGGUUACUGUAGAAAUAUUCUAGAGUACAAGGUUUCAAAAAACUACGCACGUGGAUCGCGAUCGCAUAUUUAUUUAGCUGACAUUGGUGUUGGACAUUUAGAAGAACCUUUUGAACUCUCAAAAACUAUCAUGCCCGUUACUAUCGUAUCACCUGACCCGGUGGUGUUCAAAAAAUCAUGGGAUGAUAUAGUAAACACAGGAACAACAUGUAUCACCAUGGGCUGGAGUGUGGUAACGGUGACCUCUGAAUAUGAACACAGCUUUUAUGUGGAGGACUAUAUUCACUUGAGUAACGUUCAACCGUGGAAUGACACCAAAUGUAGAGCCGCUGACCGUGACAGAGAAAACAUGGUUUCGUUCGGUGGUAUUUGUAUUUCCUGUGAUAGAACUGAGUUGACAAGAGUAAGUGAAGAAGGAAGUGCUCUAUAUUGCAACGGGAAAUGGUACGCCGUCAUGUCGGAUGUAGGAUUAAUGAACGAAAGACGUCCAGGGCGUCUUGUUCUUUUGGCGGACUUCAUUAAAGAAUUAAACAUCUCACAUGGCACUUCAGUUAAACCCACUAAGGUACUCGUUUUCGUCCCACCGAUUCUACUUUAUGUAUAUGUCAUUAAAUGUAUACUUGGUUAACAUAUAAUCCAUAAGUAAACUAAAUAGUAACAAAUUUAUAAUAAAAAUUUGUUCACAAAAAUUGGUGUUUGAAUCGACAUACCUUACUUAUGUUUUUGGAACCAAGAAUUUAUUAUUAAAUUGAUGACGGUUCUCAAGAAGAAGAAAAAACUUGAUAGAAAAGGCUUCGUUGGCCAUAAACGCUCCAGUAACUUACUGUCGUCGGAAACUAGUUUGCACAUCGUCGAAGAAUAAGAAAGUCUGCUGCAAGAUUUUCAGCCAGUAAAGCUGAGACACUCAUGCUAGUAAGACGAUUUUCUCUCACAAAUUUGUCAUAUGACUAGAAUACAAUCAUUUGAGCUCCACGAUUUACACCGUUUUGACAAAUUUCACUCUCUAAAUUUAAAAUCACUGUAAUGUUAUGUUUAUUUGGGCCGCACUUCUGGGAAUCGGUGUCACGCUAUGUAUGCAACGUGUUGAAACAGCCAGGACCGCUAAAGACGGUGAAUUGUCGUUUAUGGGUUGGUUUAUAAAUAACAACGUACAUUCGUGCACACUGAUGAUUAUAACAGAAAGUAAAUUCGCGACGGCUGCUCACUGCUUGGUGAUGUGGAAGAACAAUAUUAAGAUAAGUUACAUCGACUUGAACAGGGCGAAGGCGUGUGCCGGGUCUAAUAAAAGGAGUUCGGGCCAAUGUGAAGUUAUAAAAGAGUACAAAAUUUCCCCGAAAUACGGAUACAUAAAUGGAACAAAUAUUUUACUCGAUGACAUUGGUGUAGGCUACUUAGAACAACCGUUUAGACUGUCAAGAAGAAUCCAACCAAUUCCUGUCAUAUCGAGAGACCCGCAGGUAUUCAGAAAAUCGUGGAAUGAUAUAAUAAGUAGAAAAAAAGAGUGCAUAAGCGCGGGUUGGAAUUUGAUAGAGCAAUCAGCCGAUUAUUCAUUUAAAAUAUUUCGCUCGAAUUCUUUGCAAGUGAGCACAGUUAAACCGUGGAAGGACUGUCAAUCAGUUUGGCCGACUCACGCGGAUGAGCUUAUUCCAAACGGAACUGUGUGUGUCACCAACGCCACUGAAGAUUUGUACGUAACGGGAGAAGAAGGUAGUGCUUUGUACUGUCAAGGGUAUGUGUACGCAGUGUUAUCGAGUGCGCAAAUGUUCUCCCAAAAGUCUCCAGCGCAUUUCUUCCUGUUUGAUGACUAUUUUGGCGAAUUGAUGUCAGCAAGCAGUUCUAUUCGGGCCAUAAAGACACUCCAUCUUAUCUCGCCGAUAAUGGUUUAUGUUGCGGCACACAUAUUUUGGAAAUUACUAAAUUACAAAUAAAAUAAAUCAGAAUUUUAAAAGUUCA